AUGACUGCACAACAACUUCAGUGCUGCUGCGUUCAUCAGCAACCAGGUGUGGUCAUUUACAUUAAUCCCAGCCCAUUUAUCAUUAUUCAACCUGCAACUGGGAUACACGUACACACCAUCGAGGCACCACCCCCACCACCGCCUCCACCUCCUCCACCCAAGCCUGCCAAGCCUACCUUUUGGAACCCUCGCACCAAAUGA